UGAGCAGGUAUUAGAGGUCGGUGACAUGUAUAUAUACGUACGCACCUGCACAAGUCCGAGCUUCACUUGACCUCUUUGGCGAGCAAUGGCCUUGGCCGAGGACAUCGCUCAAUCCUACAAGAUGACUUCCUUGGACAACGACAUCAACCAGCAUUUCCAGGACGCCAUCGAUGUGAUUCAGCAGCACUCGGAUAAUUCGUUCUGCGGUCAAGAUUAUAACUACUAUGAGACUCUGGGUCCCCAGCAGCCUCCUGUGUGUCAGAUCUCCUGCUGCCUCAUCACACACCCAUCAGACGUACCCACCACCCCCGUGUGCGACUGGAACGACAUAACUCAGCAGCUGUGGCCUCAGGUCAUUCCCGACGUCUCCUUGUGUCACCCGGUGUCAGUGGAGACCCCUCAGUUCUACUCAGUCUUACCUGUACAGAAGAACAACAAAGGUGAUCACAUUUUUCAUCACCCACGUACACGAUGUGCAGGUCGCAAGAAGCUGCGCCUCUACGAAUACCUGCACGAAGCCCUGAAUGACCCCAACAUGGGGGACUCCAUCCAGUGGACGGACAGCGGCAGCGGGACCUUCCACUUCGUCUCCAAGAACAAGGAGAAGCUGGCGGAGUGCUGGGGGCAGCGCAAGGGCAACCGCAAGACCAUGACCUACCAGAAGAUGGCCCGGGCGUUGCGCAACUACAGCCGCACGGGCGAGAUCAUCAAGGUGCGCCGCAAACUCACCUACCAGUUCAAUCCCGUGAUCCUCCAGCGGCUCGGCGCCGCCAAACUCUCCAGGCACGCGGCCGCCCACGCCGCGCACGAGGCGGCUCGGGCGCCGCAGAACGUGCCGCCCGAGCAGAGCUGCUACGGCGCCACCCUGCCGGACUGGCCCAGCUGGUACGGACAUUACCCUCCGCAUGAGCACUACGAGCUGAGCAGCGGCUUCACGGCGCACGGCGUCCCAAAGGCGUGAUCCUAGAGGGGGGCUUGACAAAGUGAAAACGAGAGCACACGUUCAGAAACACAGCGCUGCCAAACAAAACAAAACAAACAAAAUACACCUUGUCAAUGGAUUUUAUCUUGUUCUAUGUCUCAUAAUGUUUAUUUUAAGAUAUUGCUUUACACUGGUAGGUGAUAUUGCUUGUGUGAACAGAGUGUACUUGUUUCCUGAUUGUUUUAGGGAAUUCUCACGAAAUAGGAAAUCAAAUCUAAAAAGAAACCCGAUGUAAGAUAAUCUUCCUUUCUUUUUUUUGUUGGAGUAAAUAAGGUCUAUCACCAGAAACAAGCGCACUUUCUUGAAACAGUCAAUAAUAUCUGCCAGUGUGGCGAGAACAGCUUCCCAGCAGUAGCUUGGAGGAGGUAUCGCGAGACUUAAGACGGGAUCACAUCCUCUGAUCGGCCCAGACGCCGUAAAACUUUAAUAUCCGUGGUUUGCAGGAGACAAGGGGGUUGAUGGGAGAGCUGUACAUAGUUCGCUAUUAUUAAAAUGACGAAUUGCUUCUGUUCAUACUUGCUGAUAAAACCAGUGGUUGAUUUGUAAAAAACAAAACAAAAGUGGGGUGGUGGGGUCCGGUGGACGGUGCGCAGAGGUGCUUCAGAAAACACCACCACCACCUUUGAACGGUAAACAGGCUCCACAUAUCCAAGAGUUCUUACACCAAGGGUGUGUUUGGGACGCUUUUGAUGAUAGGCAGAAGUCCCCAUACAGUCGAGGGCAAAACUACCGUUGUACAAAUCGGUAAUAUCGAUAACUAAUCGAUAAUCAAUUUCUUGAUAAGUACUAAUGAUCCUCGAUUAAGAUAUAUCACACAGCACUGUUAACCCAGCGGGGAUGGGAAGGGAGAAUGGCAGUUUUACAAUGACGUGUUUUGGUCUGUUUUAUAACAACGGGGGGGGGGUGCCAUCCAUCCCCCUGUAUCCCCCCUCAAAUCCACCCCUGGGUACAAGUAUUCAGUGUAUACACCACGUCUGUGUUGCUCCAGGAGAUCAACCAAAUGAUGUAAUGGCACGUAACUACACUGAAAAAGGAGGGGGGGGGCUGUACAAUUUACAAAAAUGCAGUUCGUAUUUAAGACAUGAUUCAUAAGUAAAUAAAGUCGUUCAUAAGCAUAAAUACAUUAUUUUCAGAAAACAUAACUUCAAUACGUGCAACCGAUGUACAUAAUUUUUUUAAAUGUAAAGCCAACACUUUUUUUUAGUGUACUGUCCAUUCUGUAGUGGAGGGUAAGCAUUGUUAACAAAGUAGAAACACUAGUGAUGUUCUUUAUUUGCUGUGUACCAGUAAGCAUGUUUCUGUUUUACUGUACGUGAUUUGUCGGACUUUGGAGUGUCCCCACAUAAACAGUGAAUCA